AUGGAGAUAUUGGUGAGAAUUUCAAGCUUUGUGGUGUUCUUGUUAGUUUCUGGUGCUGUGUUGCUGUUUUUGAGCUCAAGCUCCGUUCACGGGCUGCGAUAUGGACCCGCGAGGAGAUAUUUUAAUGAUAGUGAUCAAUCUUCCGUUUUGGGAUCCGACAAAACGUUUGAAAAUGGAAUGGUGAGUGCUCAUAACAAAGCAAGAAGAAUGCAAGAAGGUAACGUAGAAGAAGGAGGAGGAGGUUGCGGAAGCUGCAGAGGAAGAGAAAGACAAAGACAAAAAGAAAGAGAAAGAGAAAGAAAAAGAGAAAAAGAAAGAGAAAGAGACUGUGGAGGUUGUAGCGAUGGAGGAGGAAGCUGUAGAGGUUGCAACGGAGGAGGAGGAAGUCCGGGAGAUGGCGGAAGAGGAGGUCGUGGAGGCAGAGGUGGAGGAGGAGGUGGUAGUGGCGGAGGAGGAGGAGGAGGAGGAGGAGGAAAUGGCAAAGGAGAUGGAAAAGGCGAAGGGGAUGGUAGUGGAGGAAAUGAAGAUUGCAAUGACCAUAAAAAGAAGAAAAGAGAUGAUAGAAAUGACGAUAAUGUUGGUGUUGGUAUUGGUAUUGGCAUUGGCGUAGGAGAUGGCCCUAGUGGACCCGGAGGAGGUGGCGGUGGUGGAGGUGGAGGUGGAGGUGGCGGUGGUGGUGGAAAUGGAGGUGGUGGGGUGGAGGUGGAGGUGGUGGUGGUGGAAAUGGAGGGGUGGGAGAUCUCUCUGGCCGUGGAUGGGGAGGCGGUGGAUAUCAAGGGGCAGGUGGAGGAGGAUGGGGCCGGGGAGGCCACGGAGGAGUAUGGGGUCCCGGAAACAGCGGUGGUUGUUGGUUUCCCGGUUGUAAUAAAAAGUUAA